UCGCGGCUGUUUUGUUUUUGUGAAGAAAUAAACACGUAUUUUAUUCAUUAUGAGUUCAGCUGCUAAGGUCGGUGAAAUAUUUUCCGCUGCUGGAUCAGCCUUCACUAAACUAGGGGAACUUACUAUGCAGUUACACCCAGCUGCAGACCAGUCACCAUCCAGUGGCAAAUGGACAGAACAAGAAAUAGACAUGCUUAGAGAUUCAAUUCAAAAGUUUGGAGAAGAUCUAAAUAAAAUCAGUGAAAUAAUUAAAACCAGAACAAUCGCGCAGAUUAAAGCUGCACUCAAAAACAAGGCUUAUGAAGAAGCUAAAUCCAAAAAAUCACCAUCGAAAAGUACUCCAGUCACAACAGUAGCAGCACAGUCAGUGGGAAAACGUCUUCAAAGUGACACCAGUACAACAGAUGAUGAACCACCAAUGAAAAAACCAAAGUCAUCAGCUGAAGUGACGUUAAACAUGUUGAAUUCAACGGAACAUGCAGCGGAUACGUUAGUAGAUGUGGAAGGGUUGGAGGACCCAACACCGGUCAAAAAGUUAGAUUUUGGAGAACAAGAUUUAGAGUCUAAUUUAAUGAUGUCAGGCUCGGAUAUUUUAUCACGAUAAAAGUGAACUGUACAGCAGGGAUAGCAGAAAGGAACCAUGAACUUUAAAAAUGAUUUUGACCAAUUCAAAUUUGGUUUUAUUUCUUGUUUUUAAAUCCGUGACAUUAUUAAAUGCAAAGGGAUACCUGUCGCAAUGAAUGGGAAGGUGGUCACCUUAAUAGUUUAUUACAAAAUAUUCUCAGCAUAGAAAGCCACAGUGGUGUUCUGUAGCUCUAAGUUUGAGAGAUCAAAAACAACACCAAAGAUGGUGGACUUGAAGUUAUCAACCAUAGAGGGCGCACUUCCAGAAUGAGAUGGCUGAUAUAGUUUGUCAAUGAUGAGUACAAGUACAUUUAUUCAACCAUUUGUGAAUGGUAAAUGGUGUAUUUGUAAUUUUGUAUUAAAUUGUAUAGUUAACAAGACAUUGCCAAAAAGUCAAAACUAAAAGAGUUUUUGAGUUAUAGUAAUGAAAUCUGGUGUGUUGCAGUGGUUAUCGUCUACACUACAAUAAAUCCCAUCAUGCAUUGCUGUUUGAAUUUUGCUUUAAGUGCAUGCUAAACACAUCUCAUCUCAUCUACGAAGUAACGUAAUGUUCAAUGUUUGCUCAAACCACAGAUAACAUAGUCAAUCUCAUAAAUUCCAAAAAUCUAAUGACUGUACAGGUAAAGAGUACCGGUAUACAGUAACCCAAGCGUCGGUUUUAAUUAAAAAUCCUUCACAUGAAAUAUUGAUUUUGUAAUAUAGUCCAUUAUUGAUUGUCAAAUCCAGAAUCCUGCGUUUGGCUUGACGACACUCUGAGAUACUAAAAACUGAACUGAAAGAGUGAUGUUUGGCCUAUUGAAAAAAAUAUUGUAACAUUAUGUUAUGCAUAUCGCAUGUCAAAGUGGACAAUGCAUGAAGGUUGUCAUCUUUUAUACAUUUCUAUUAUGGAAUCAACAUAGAUGCAUGUUUAGUUGCAUCACAACAACAGAACUUGGAAUUAAUCAAUUGGAUCCAUAACUUAUAGCACUACUCUGUUAUAUGCAUAGAAUUUGUAUAUUUCUCUUAAUUUUUAUACUGAAUAUGAAUUAGAAAUAU